AAUAACAUGUUUGUUGUUGAAAGAGCGAGUUAUGUUCACAUUUCAGCCUGUAGAAUUUUGUCCAAGAAAUGCGUCAGAGGUUGGGGUAGCCACAAUAAGACUUAACUGUUCUGAUAUGAAGGAGUUCAGAAAUGUGUAUCACUGUUUACCACUAUCCAAUCUCACUCUGUUGGUGGAGUUCUGUUACGAUGGAUUAAGUGGUUUGAAUGAAGCAGGUAAUUGCGUGGUACUUGAAAAUCAACAUUUAAACAAUUUUUCAUGUGACCAGUUUGCUAAAGGUUGUCCAACUGCUCCUUAUUUCUCAAAGCAUAUGUAUAGGUUUCCAUCCUGUAUUCAGAUAAACAAACAGAAGAGAUGUUAUAUAUCGGAUCCCAGUUGUCCUCUUAUCACCAGCUUUGUUGAAGAAACAACUUUGCCAACGGUGGAACUUAUGAGAUAUUACAAUAUUCAAGUGCACGGAACGACUAUGCCAACAAAACCUAUUAAAGAAAACAAUAAUCCUACAACCGACCUUAAUCACGCCUUGCUAACUUUAGCUAUAGUAGCUACAGUUACAACAGUGGGUUUAAUUGGAUUAUUUAUCAUAAUGAAGAUGAAGCGUCGAAAGUGUUCAAAAGAGCGGAACGUACACCAGGGAACUCUACUCCUUGCAGACGGAAAUCAUCCAUGGAACCGAGAAGACAGUUCCACAAAUGGAAGUAUCCUUUCUGCCAUCUAUAAUUAUGAUGGGGCAAACAGGCGUUUUUACCGCUUAAAAAACUGCCUGAAAACAGAAAUCUCGGAAGAAGAGAUGGUCUCACUUAAGAAAUAUUUAAAAGAAAUAGUUCCAAAGGAAAGCCUAAAUGAAGAAUCUUUGGAGAGGGCAGACACUGUAGCUAAGUUCAUAGAUUUUUUGAUAUAUGAGGGAAUUUUCACGGAUAGAGACAUGAUUACCAUGCAGGACCUAAUGAGGGAGAUCAAAAGACCAGAUUUAGAGCAGAAAUGUAUUGAAUAUGCGACCUCAAACAAAGGAAGAGUGUGUUUCUUUAAGGAAAAUAAACCUGCUUCUCGUGAUUCCUCAUGUAUAGAGCUACAUGUGGUAGAUGACAUUAAAAACUUUACAAAGUUGGAUCGCUUGAUUGCAACAGUGGCAGAUAUUAUAGAUUGUGAUCAGAAAUCUAUAAAAGUUGUCCGUAUAAAUCCAGACAAUAGUUUCAUCAUUGUAAUUGAAAUGGAAAAGAACUUGGCGCAAAUAUUUUCAAGGAAAACACCACAAGAACUGACUAAAUUAACAGAAUUCAAAGUUGAUCAAAUUAAAAGUGACGGAGCAAAUAUCAACAUAGCCAUUCAAGAAAUAGACUUUCAAACCAAAAGCACCAUCGGGAAGAUGACACCUACACAAUAUGAUUAUCGUUCUGAUGCAGAAGAGGAGGGAAAGAGUGCAUCUAAUGAUCAACCAAGCACAGAGAAACCAAAACAAAUUUUCUCAAAACAACAAGCAGACUUGCAAACAAAAAGCACCAUCGAGAAGAUGCCACAUAAAGAGUAUGAUUAUUUAUCUGAUGCAGAAGAGAAGGAUAUGAGUGCAUCUCAACCAAGCACAGAAAAACCAGAACAAAUUUCCUCAGAACAACAAGCAGACUUGCAAACAAAAAGCACCAUCGAGAAGAUGCCACAUAAAGAGUAUGAUUAUUUAUCUGAUGCAGAAGAGAAGGAUAUGAGUGCAUCUCAACCAAGCACAGAAAAACCAGAACAAAUUUCCUCAGAACAACAAGCAGACUUGCAAACCAAAAGCACCAUCGAGAUGAUGCCACAUAAAGAAUAUGAUUAUCUAUCUGAUGCAGAAGAAAAGGUUAUGAGUGCAUCUAAUGAUCAAAGAAGAACAGCAAAAACAGAUCAAAUUUCCUCAAAACAACAUUUGGACUCGUCUGCUGUAUGUACGUCCAGUAUAACUGUACCCAAACUCGACCAGGUAUGUCAUAUCUCAUGUGUGACAUCAGGAAGAUUAUGGGUCAGUGAUUACAGCCGCCUAUUACAGGUGGACUACAAUGGACACGUUAUACAGGAAAUGGAAAAUGAUGAUCAAUAUAGUUUCAUAAUAGGAGCCCACUCCGUCACAGAGAAUGGCGACCUGAUAUUUGUAAAUGGCUAUGAGGUGCAGAAGAUGGUGUUAGAUGGGACCAUCAUUACACUUCUCAGUGAACGUGAAUGGUUAAACUGUAUCCACUCCUCCCGCAUUAACGGUGACAUACUGAUUGGUUAUGAACAUGGAGUGUUGAGGUGUGACUGGAGGGGAAACCAUCGCAUAGAAUUGGAGUUUGGGUUUAAUUAUCCAACAUUUAUCACAGAAAACAAGAAUGGAGACAUCUGGGUCUCUGACAGAUUUGGGGAAGAAGUUGUGGUGAUGGAUAAAUCUGGACGACAUCGGUUUAACUACAGAGGUCAGCACCAGUCUGGCUUUCAUCCCAGUGGUAUUUGUACUGAUAUCCUGGGACAGGUACUGGUGUGUGAUACAUCGAAUUCCAGUGUCCAUCUCCUGGAUCAGGACGGUCAGUUCCUGCGUCUCCUACUGACAAGAGAAUAUGAGCUAGACUUUCCCAUGGCUCUGUGUGUGGACGACAAACACAACCUCUAUGUGGGAGACAUGUUAAGUAAUACAAUAUCAGUGUACAAGUAUCUACAGGAAACAGAGGAUUCAAAAUCAUGUAUUGUCGAGUCGAAAAAAGAAUAAUGAAAUUUACAUUUAAUUAGUGAUCAAUGGAUACAUUUGAUAAACAUACGCUUGAAACAUAAUAUGAUUAAGCCUUGUAAAUUAUUCAUUUACAUUGUACAGUGUCUUUCAAAUCAUUGUUUACAUUCUUUAAAUUGCUUCUCUGCAAAAAAUUAAAUUCAAGUUUUGAAAUGAAAGGGUACGUUCUGGGACAAUGAAAUGAGCUACCUAUUUGUAUCUGACGUGAGGUUAAUACAUUCAAAUUAAAGCUUUUCAUAUAACUCUGAAC